AUGGCUGUGGAUAUAAAUACUCAAACUGAAUCAACUAACAGUAAAGCUAUGAGCGAAGGGGGUGAUCGUGAAUCGAAUGAUCAGAACGGAAUGGCUGUUUCAGAGAAAUCAUCCCAGACAAAUAUGAUGGAAGAUAUAGAAACUCAGACAGAGACUGUAGAUAUGGAGGUGCAAGGUGAUACUUCUGACAAGAAAGAUGAUUCUGAUACUAAAACUUUAGAGAGUCGGAAUGUAUCGGAGAAGUCCUCACAAACCAACAUGGAGACUCAAACGGAACCACAUAAAGAAACUACAAAGAUGGAAGAAGGAAAAGAUGGAGAGAAAAAUAAUGGGUCUGAACAGAAAACAUUGGAAAAUCCGAAUGGAAAAGCGCUGUCCGAGAAAUCUUCACAGACCAACAUGGAGACUCAAACGGAACCACAUAAAGAAUUUACAAAGAUGGAAGAGGGAAAAGAUGGAGAGAAAAAUAAUGGGUCUGAACAGAAAACAUCGGAAAAUCCGAAUGGAAAAGCGCUGUCCGAGAAAUCAUCUCAGACCAACAUGGGUGACGACACGGAAACUAAGACAGAAUCAACUUCUGAAACUAUUACAAAAACGAAAGAAGGAGAAGAUAAAAACAAGGAUGAAAAGUCAGGAAACAGCCAGAAUGAGAGAGAAAUGUCAGAGAAAUCUUUUCGAACGAUAGAGGGUUCAUCACAGACAGAACCGAAAUCAGUGCAAAGUGAUCAAUCGACAUCGACAGAUUCUAGUAACAAAGAUGAUAAGGGAACAUCAAUUGAUUCGCAUUCAGAUCGUAGUAGAAGCAGCUCUAAACAGCGGAAAAGAUCUAAAACUGGUAAAAAGAAGUGUGAGUGUGUAGACAGUUCAGAACCAUCUCAUCAAUGUCCUCCUGCAGACAGUAGUGAUGAUGGUGAUGAGAAUAUCCGUUCCAAUCGUUUGAGAGAUUAUGAAACGUCCAGAGAGCAAAGUCACUAA